AGCGAACUGAAGCCUGGCUUUCCGAUGCUUAGCGGUUAGGAGCGGCUUACUAACCUUCUCUACCGCCCCGAUUCCUGCGUCUACCAAGGCCGUACGGACAGUUGAAGGACUAACAUUGAUACCAAGUUCGUCCUUUAGUUGCUUUGCGACGGCAACGGCGCUUUCCACACCUUAUACCAUGACCUUGCGAACGCAAAGUCGCUUGUCAGCAUCACUCAGUACAGGAGGACGACCACCUUUGCUGACUUUAAGGCCAGGCAAACGCUCAUUUCUGAGCCUAUCAAUGAAAGUGCGGCUAACACCAGCCCGUUUAGUAAUUUUUCUUGAAGAUAAGUUGGUUGAUAGGAGCGACAGGAUGUCAUCCUCUGCAGAUUUGGAAAUUGCACGCAUACUACAUUAGACAAGACAUUAUUAGUAUCACGAAUCGUCUAUCGAUUGCACGACUUGUUUGUCUAACACUCUACGCAUAACCUACAUCAAGUAAAGUUGGGAUAUAAAAGCUACCACAACUUUAGAGCGCUGU